AUUAUAGAAGCAACCGGGGCGGAUUUACGCGAAAAUGAGGAGGAGGAAGAAGGAAGCGAAACUGAUUCCGAUGCAUCAAGUUACAGUUACUCAGACUCAGAUUACUCCGAUGAUCUGGAGCCGGAAUGGCUGGAUGACGUCCAGAAGAACGGUCAGCUUUUCUACCUGGAGCUGAGUGAUGGAGAAGAAGAGGCUCUACUGGCUCAGGUCUCCGCCAAUCACUCCGCUGCCACCAAUCACGUGCGCUUCAGCGAAAAGGAGGCGGAGAUUAUCACUGACAAUGCAAAAAGGCAGGCAAACUCCAGCAACAAAUCUGAAGCAAAACUCAAAAAGCUGACCAAGAUCUUGAGACGGAAGCGGCGACCAUCUCAGAGGAAAGCUGAGGGAAAAGACUCUUCCCAGCGUCCCGCUUCCAUCCUGAAGAAUCAGGCGGGACAGAGGCCUGGAGUGGUGGUUCAGCAGCAGCGUCUGAAGGAUGUGUGUGUGUACCUGAACCCAAAACGCCUCAGCAGCGUCUCGUCUUCAUCUGCUGACAGAGGCGGGCUGCUGGAGGCUUUACUGGGGGUCGUGCACAGACCUGGAGGAAAUACAGGGAAAAGAGGAGGAAAACUCAUCAUCCAUGGACUCAUCCCUCACAGUCCUGCUAGCAAGUGUGCCGAGAUUCUUAUUGGUGAUGCUCUGGUCGCUGUGGAUGAUGUGGAAGUCACAUCAGAAAACAUCGAGAGGGUUUUGUCUUGUAUACCAGGCCCUAUGCAGGUGAGGUUGACUCUGGAAACAGUGUGUCCGGCCGGCGUGUCUCCAGAAUCCAAGGUGUCGGCAUCUCCUCAGGUCAGUCAGCUGGUGCGUCUGCUGUGGGGCGAAGACACGAUUGAGCUGCAGAUGUCCAUCGCUGACGUCCCGCACAUCGCCAUGUUCCUCUCGCUCAGACUUGACUCAGAGACGCAGCAGGAUGAGCAGGAGAUUGUGUACCAGUAUCCUCAAUCUGAAGCUUCAGCUCAGCUUAAAGCAGUGAGAGGGAUUUUCCUGACGCUCUGCGACAUGCUGGAGAACGUCACCGGCGGACAGAUCAUCAGCUCCUCUCUGUGGCUCCAGCAGCAGUUGGUUCAUGUGGGCUACUGGAAGGAAGAGUCCAAUCUGCUGGUCAUCGCUGUACCGGCCAGCAGGGUUCCUCUGCUGUAUCUCCAGACUGUGAUUGAGGGAGUCGUGCGAACGCUAAAGGUCAUGUAUGGCUCUCUCGACAGAGGUUUCAGCGAUGUGGAAAACGCUCCUCGUCUGGAUCAUUUCUUCUGCCUCUUCUUUCAGCAGCUCAUCCAGCCCUCGCGCUUGAUCCACAGCUCCAGGACACCAGACCUCUACGGGUCGCUGUUUUUAGACGGACUGCCGGCUGUCCGCUGGCUCACCUUACCCCCGGAUAUAAAGGUUGAAGUGGACACCGUCCUGUCAGACUUUGAGUCGUCAGAUUUCGGGGACAUGUCUGAGGAUUUCUACGGCAUGAGGCGUCUGUACGUCAUUCUGGGCUCCUGUCUGUUUUAUAAGGGAUAUCUGAUCGCGAACCACCUGCCGAAAGAGGAUCUCCUGGACGUGUGUCUGUACUGUCAGCACUACUGUCUGCUGCCGCUGGCGUCAGAGCAGCGCGUGGCUCAGCUGGUGGUGUGGAGAGAAGUGUUUCCUCAGCGCAGAGAGACCAGAAACAGCACUGCACACCCAGGAUACUGCCAGCCGCACGCUCGACACUUCCUGCUCAUAGUAGGCCUGAGGCACUUCAUGCAGUGUGUGCUGCUGGAGGCGGGUGGCUGCGCCUCCUCUGCUGUGGGACGUCCCACUCCUGACUCUGUGUAUGUGGAUCAGGUGAAAGCCACACUGCUUCAGCUGGAGAGUCUGGACGCCGGCAUCGAGGAGCGCCUUUCGGCUCCGCCUACUCCCUGCCUCUCCUGCGCUGAUUGGUUCCUGCCUGCUGGUGGGCGGAGCCAGCAGGACACCAUCGGCAGCUCCCCGAUCCUCAACAGGCUGACGGCAGCCAUUAAACCCCCGUCGCCAGGCGGAAUAGGGCGGAGUCUGUUUGGGGAGGCGGGGACAGUGGGUAUAAGAGGACGCAGAGCGAGUCCUCAGAGGAGUCAGUCUGACAGUGGCAGCGAGGGUCAUGCUGACGGGACGCCUGCUAGUGUAGCCCGCAGAGACUCGCUGGGGUCCGGAGGGUCUGAUGGCAGCUUGGGCAGCGCUGGGUUUCUCAAGAUGCCCAGGUUAAAGCAUCCGAACCCGUUUUAUCUGGGCUCUCUGAGGAAGAGUCUGAGCGAGCGAGAGACAGAGGAGAUGCAGAACGUCCUGCAAGUGACGGCGGGUGUGGAGAACACACUCUUCCACUAUGUGCUGAUGGAGUCGGUGCAGGGCAUCUUUAUCGCUCCCACACACACAGAGAUCCGUCAUCUGAGCGGCUCCAUCCACCCGCAGCUCAUCCACAACUUCCAGCACUGCUGUCUGUCCAUCCGCCAGGCCUUCCAGCAGAGCCUUCCCACACGGGAUCGUCGAGGGCCGGAGCGGCAGAGCACUGCAGGUUUAGGUCCCGUUAAAGAGCACGGAGUCCUGUUUCAAUGCAAACCCCAGAACUGGACCGAUCAGAAGAAACCAGCGCCGACCAUGACCUACUGGGUGAUCGGGCGGAUGCUCCUUGAACCCGUUCCUCAGGAGUUUUAUGUGUGUUUUCAUGACUCUGUGGCAGAGGUUCCUGUGGAAAUGGCCUUUCGCCUGUCUUUCGGUCUGGCCGUGUAGCAGAAACAGGUUUAGAUC